UACAGCCUCAUUUCAUCGGGACAGCUCGUGAAUAAGGUUGAGUGUACGAAAUUUGUUUAUAAAAAAAAAUACGUUAAUGUUGACGCUAGUCGUUGUCGUUGUUUAACAGUCAACACGCAUAAGAUUUGGCAUUAAUUAAGCAGUUUAUUGUAUUUUUUUUUUAAAAAAAGAACCAGGUUGUGAUUCCGCAUGCGGAAAUGUGUUAACAGGACCAAAGACUUUUGAAAACUUAAAACUUCGGGAUUUCUUACAAAAAAUAGCUUGGAUUUUACACUUGUAGAUCGUAAAAACGUGCUGAAAUCCAGUGGGUACAGUGAGUACUCUGUUCUGGGUUAACUUUUAAAGUUUUAAACAAAAGCUACUAAAGACAAAAAUAAGAAAAUGGAGUUUAAAGUGGAGGCUCACCGGAUUAUGAGUAUCUCGUUGGGGAAAAUCUACAAUUCGAGAGUCCAGAGAGGGGGGAUCAAGCUCCACAAGAACCUUCUCGUCUCCCUCGUUCUCCGGAGCGCCCGGCAGGUGUACCUCAAUGAUUACUACCAGAGUGUGUGCCUCAACGCGCAGCAGCACUGGGGCCAGCAUGAGGAAGUCAUGGACUCUAACCAGGCAAAGAGCACCUCUGAACGCGUGGGGUACACGGCCACAACCCCUGCUGAUCCUGCAGCAACUACCGCCAGCGAACCCGGGCUACCUGCGGAGAACACGCCGCCGGAGAUGACCAUCGAUGUUGAAAGUUUCACGGAAAGCCACGCCGCAGCACAGACAGAGGAUGUGGAGGCAGACCACACAGACUGCAAAGACAAGAUCUCUGACUGCAGGCGACGUCAGCCCUCAGAACUGAAAGGAGCCGCCUCGUCUCCGGCCUCCGGUCCAACUGCUGUUAUAGCCAAGCACCUAGUGCCCGAUAAUCGGAUCGGGCCAAAGAAGGUUAAAGAAGCGAAACCACCGCAAGACGAGGGCGGUUGCGGGGAAGCAGAUGCAGACGGAUUUGUUGACGAUGACUCAGUGGCAGAAACACAAUUAGAUAAUCACCUGGUGGCUUCCUGUAAUAGAAAGAGGAGAAGCAGCGAGAAAGCAGUCCCGCCAGAGUCUCCGGUUAAAAAACCAAAGCGGGCUCCGUCCUCAGCGCCCUCAGGCGAGGAGGAAAUGGACACCACGAACGUCUCCAGCUUAAUUACCAUCUUUGGCUCCAGUUUCUCGGGACUCUUGAGCAAAGACAAUACGCAGGCAGAAGCAGAGGCGGGGGACAGUGAUAGAGACUCCGGUGCGGGGCAGAUAUGCUGCGAUCAAGUUCUAAAAAACCUCAACCCCUGGACUACAGCGAUCGUGGCUUUUUAAUGGACACGUGUUUUAAUGAAUUGGUGUAAACGCACCGUUGAAGGUAUCGGGUAUGCCUGGCCUCCCUCCCCCUCCUAAACGCACCCCUCCCCCCAGAAUGCUUGACGAACCACGUGGAGAGAGGACCAAAAGGGGGUUUCCCGUACAGACGGGAAAUGUAACUUGGUUAAGCAUUGGAGAGCUACAAGCCUGGGGACGUGCCGCGGUGUGAAGGGCAUGUUUAGCAGGGGAUUCUGAGAAGUGUUAUGUGUGUGCUUUUUACACAGCGGGAAUGAGGGAAACGUGAUUUUAAAACCUGAAGCAAUUUUAUACAAGGAUACAAUUUAGAGGGCCUCUGUUAAAUAGCUUUGAAUUAUGUUUUUAAAAAAACGCAUUUGCCUCGUUUAUGGAAAAACAUGUUGCAUAAGCCUAAGGGAACCAUUGUGUUUAGUAAACAAGAUCAUAUAAACCUGUCCAAAGUAGGGGGAGAAAGCCAGCCCUUGGUAAUUUGGUAUAUCAACAAGUUUAAGCGGUGAGCAGUAUUUACCAAUACAAACUAUUCACCUUGUGUGCUCCUGAGCAGAGUCGGUGCUGGUAUUGACCUCGGCUGCAGACGGCUUCUUGUGAGUUCCGGGACUUGGCCGAGUUGAACUGUAUAUACCGGUUUAUAUAGAAAUGUGUCUUUUGUAAAGACUUGUUUGACUUUGUACACGUUUUUUUCCUACAGUUCUGUAUUUUGCGCUUAAUGAUGACAUUGCUACGCAUAUCUGUCACACACGUAAUAAAACAACGUUUUUGAAAGUGAAA